AAAUAAAAUAAAAUAAUAAAUAAAUAAAAUGGAUAAUAAAAACAUAUCUCAUAUAGUCUUAAUUUACUUAACAUAUUGCAUAAAAAAUAAAUUUUAAAAUAUAUAUAAAAAAUCAUUUAAUAAUAAUAAUAAAGGCAGAGGAAUUGGAGGCUUAGCGUUGUGAUAUUGUUGCAGCUGUAGUAGGGCGGAUGGCCAACAAGGUCACCACCAUCUCCAAUCUGCUUCAACGCGUCGCCUCCUCCUGCCUCGUGCACCGGCUCCCGGGAGGCCACCCGCUCGAUGACUGCAACUGCGGCAGCGAAGAGGAGGAAGUGGAUCGGAGCCAGGUGGAGAAGGCGGUGGCUGAGGAGAAAGAUGAGGCGGGCGAGGAGGAGCAGGGACUUAGGAUCUGGGAAGAGGACGGCGGCCAUCGCGUCGACGCCGCUCCUGAGGAUUCCCAUAAGGUUAGGGUCAGGGAGAUGGAAGCGUUCGUGCACGAGGUGUUCGACGCGGUGUCCGCGGUCAAGCGAGCCUACGUGGGCCUCCAGCAGGCGCACAGCCCGUGGGACUUGGACAAGGUGCGGAAGGCGGACGCGGCGGUGGUGGUAGAGCUCCGCGAGCUGGGGAGGCUCAGGGAUCGAUUCCGCCGGGAAUGCUUCACUCCCCCAGCUACCUCCCAGACGGCUGCGCGGCUGAAGGACUCGGUGGCACCCCACGAGGCGGCGAUCGACGAUAUGAAGCGGCAGCUGAAGGCCAAGGAAUCGGAGGCGGAGAUCCUGAAGGAGAAGCUCCACAAUUCCAUUGCGCUCAGCCACUCGGCAAGCAAAGAGCGUCACCAUUCGAGAAAUUGGCUUGGACACGCAUCCGCCAUCGGGGCACCGGACGCACCUAAGCCCACGCCGGAGCUAUUCGAGAUGUGCAUGGAGCGGGUGAAAUCGGCGUCCAAAUCCUUCACAGCUCACCUCCUCUACCUCAUGUGCUCCGCCCACUGGGACGUCAGCGCUGCCGUCCGAUCCGUGACCCAAGGGGGCAGCGACGCCGCGGAAGACCACGCUCCAUCCAUCCCCAAUUUGGAGCCUCGCCACACCAAGUACGCCCUGGAGUCGUACGUGAAUCGGAAGGUGUUCCACGGGUUCGAGAACGAAACCUUCUAUCUGGAGGGUUCGCUGAGCUCGCUGAUCAAGCCGGCCGAGUUCCGGCGCAACUGCUUCGCGCAGUUCCGGGACAUGUGGGGGAUGGAGCCGGAGCAGCUGCUAGGCAUUCUCCCGGGCUGCCCGUUCGGCCGCUUCGCGGCCGCCAAGUACCUGGCGAUCGUGCACGCCAAGAUGGAGGAAUCUCUGUUCCACGGCGAGUCGGAGCAGCGGCGGCAGGUUAUAGCCGGGGCGCACCCACGGACGGAGUUCUACAGGGAGUUCCUCCGCCUGGCCAAGGCGGUGUGGCUGCUCCACCUGCUUGCCUUCGGGAUGGACCCACCGCCGGCGCACUUUGAGGCGGCGCGGGGGGCGGAGUUCCACCCGCAUUACAUGGAGAGCGUCGCACGGUUCCCUGGCGGGCGGGUUCCGGCUGGGUCUGUCGUGGGAUUCCCGGUUAGCCCCGGGUUCAAGCUGCCGGACGGGUCGGUUGUGCGGACGAGGGUUUACCUCGUUCCAUGUGUUUAACCUCGACUUCUCAUGUGAUGCCCGCCAAUAUGCGGCGGAUGGAUAAGCAGAUCUGAUCCGUCCAUUCCAUCAUUCAAUUUUAAGUGUUUAAUUUUUAUUAUUAUCAUUAUCAACCUCUAGAUCCACUAAUCAGAUCCUCCAUCACACAUGGUGGCAUGUCAGCAGAUUCACAUAUCUAUUUUAGUUUAUAUGUAGCACAAACUAUCGGUAGUGUGCCCUAUUGGCCAGUUAUUUAGAAUUUAGGGCGUCGACAUUCGGCACUGGGGAAGUUGAUUAUUAAUUCUUUCAUUUGAUUAGAAA